AUGUCGACGGAGUUGCCGAAGAUUUUGCGCGGCAUCGCCGGCGCCGGCUCUGCGCUGUUGCUGGCCGGCGGCGGUGCGGCCGCUGCCUACAACAGCCUGUACAACGUGGAGGCGGGUCACCGUGCUCUCGUAUACAAUCGUCUUACGGGCGUUGGCGAGGUAAUGGUCGGCGAGGGCACUCACUUCCUCAUCCCGUGGUUGGAGCGUCCAAUAAUAUACGAUGUGCGCACCAGACCACGCACCUUGACGUCUCUGACGGGGAGCCGAGAUCUGCAGAUGGUAAACAUCACGUGUCGUGUGCUUUCCCGGCCAGACGAACGCCGAUUGCGUGACGUUUACCGGUCAUUGGGCCGUGACUACGACGAAAAGGUGCUGCCAUCGAUCAUCAACGAGGUGCUGAAGAGCGUGGUUGCGCAGUACAACGCCUCUCAGCUUAUCACUCAGAGGGAGGUGGUCAGCAAGUCGGUGCGCGACCAGCUGGUUCAGCGUGCGCGCGACUUCAACAUACUGCUUGACGACGUGUCGCUGACUCACGUCAGCUUCAGCCCUGAAUACGAAAAGGCCGUAGAGGCGAAGCAAGUGGCGCAACAACAGGCUGAGCGGAGCAAGUAUAUCGUGCUGAAGGCCAAGGAAGAGAAGAAAUCGACUAUCAUCAAGGCCCAGGGUGAAUCUGAAGCAGCCAAGCUGAUCGGCAGCGCGAUUCAGGACAACCCUGCCUUCAUUACGCUGCGGCGCAUCGAGACUGCCAAGGAAAUCGCAGACAUUCUGUCUAAAUCGCAAAAUAGAGUCAUGUUGAAUUCAGACUCGCUUCUGAUAUCGCCCGGAAAGUGA